AUGGGUUUAUGUGCCUCAAAGGAUUCUCGGGAGUCGACUCACGAUGGGGGUCCCAGAGUGAAUCGUCCCGGUGCAAACGAUGCUAACAGGCGGAAUGAUGUUAGGAAAGGAGCUGGUGACAAGAAGCAGGACAAGAAGAAUAAAAAGGCUAAAGGUUCUAUCGUAAAUGCUGCUUCGAAUAUUAAUAAUAGCAGUAGUGGUAAGACCAAAAUCAGUACUGUAUCGGAAGACGGUACUGUAAGUAACGGCGUAGGUAAUACUGCUGAAUACGAUAAUGCAAACAAUAAAAAUAACGGUAAUAAUAAUAAUAGUAAUAAUAAUGAUAAUAAUAACAAUAAUAAUAACAACAUUGGUAAUAAUAUAAAUGGUAAUAAUAAUAAUGACAGCGAAAACAUUCACGACAGUAAUAAUAGUAAUAUCGAAAACAAGAGAUAUUUCAACAAUAUCAAUACCGGAGUUUUAAAUGGGGUUAAUGGUAAUAGUACUAAUAGUGACAAGGCUUUGUCUAACCAAUUUGAUCAGUCGAAUAAUUCAGAGACCCACUCUGGAACUAUGACAGGGAUCAGCCAGGCGUUGGCUUUGAACGAUUCUGGAGUAAAUGGUUUCGAUACUGAUCUGGCAAAACGGAAUGGCACAGUGAAUGCUUCAGGGGGUCAAUCUCCUGGUGGAUCUGAGACAGUAAAUGCAUUAAAAGUAUUAUUAUUGGGUUCAGGUGAAAGUGGGAAAUCUACCGUUUUGCAGCAGUUGAAAAUAUUACAUCAAAACGGUUUCAGCAGAGAGGAGCUACUGGAAUACAAACCUUUCAUCUUUGAUAAUAUCAUUGAAACUGGUAAAGAUUUGGCCAAGGCUAGAAGAACUUUCAACGUUCAGUUGGAGGAAGAUGCUGAAAUAUCAGAAUCAGAUCUAGAUGAGCUUUUGUCACAACAAUAUCAACCUACAAAACUUCCUUGUUUACCAGCAGAUCUAGCAAAGACACUUAAAAUACUAUGGAACCUCCAAUCAACUCAAGACUUACUCGUGAGUGAACAUAGAUCUUCUUUCUAUUUGAUGGAUAGCGCAAGUUACUUUUACGAGAACUUGGACAGAAUCAGUGAACCAAAAUAUAUACCCACCAUCACUGAUGUUAUCAGAACAAGGAAAAAGACUUCAGGUAUUUUCGACACUAUGAUAGAUUUGGAUAAGAACUUGAAACUACACUUCUUCGAUGUCGGUGGACAGCGGUCAGAACGUAAGAAAUGGAUUCAUUGCUUUGAUAACGUGACAUUGAUCAUCUUUUGUGUCUCUUUAUCCGAAUACGAUCAAACACUUCUGGAAGACAAUUCACAAAAUAGAUUGGAGGAAUCUUUGAUUCUUUUUGACUCAGUGGUAAACAGUAGAUGGUUUGCAAGAAGUUCGGUGGUUCUAUUUUUGAAUAAGAUCGAUAUUUUCGCUGAAAAGCUUCGUCACGUUCCUUUGGAAAAGUACUUCCCUGAUUAUACUGGGGGCAAAGACAUCAAUAAAGCUGCCAAAUAUAUUCUUUGGAGAUUUGUUCAGUUGAAUAGGGCCAAUCUCAACAUAUAUCCUCACGUCACUCAAGCGACUGAUACUUCAAAUAUCAAACUAGUGUUUGCUGCAAUCAAGGAAACUAUCUUAGAAAACAGCUUAAAAGACUCUGGUGUUUUGUAG